AUGACCAAAAGCAACCAGAGGCUUGUCAAACUGACACUAGAAGAUGAGACCUUCAGGUCUGAAGGUGUUCAGUAUAAAUCUGGAGAAGAGCAUAAGGCAGGUACGAGCAGUGCUACAGGUCAGGAUGCAGGUGGCCUUACAUUCAGUGGUAUAGGUCAGGAUGCAGGUGGCUUUACGAGCAGUGCUACAAGUCAGGAUGCAGGUACCCUUACGAGAAGUGCUACAGGUCAGGAUGCAAGUGGCCUUAUGAGCAGUGCUACAGGUCAGGAUGCAGGUGGCCUUAUGAGCAGUGCUACAGGUCAGGAUGCAGGUGGCCUUACGAGCAGUGCUACAGGUCAGGAUGCAGGUGGCCUGAUGAGCAGUUCUACAGGUCAGGAUGCAGGUGGCCUUAUGAACAGUACUACAGGUCAGGAUGCAGGUGGCCUUAUGAGCAGUUCUACAGGUCAGGAUGCAGGUGGCCUUACAAGCAAUGCUACAGGUCAGGAUGCAGGUGGCCCAAUGAGCAGUUCUACAGGUCAGGAUGCAGGUGGCCUUAUGAGCAGUUCUACAGGCCAGGAUGCAGGUGGCCUUAUGAGCAGUUCUACAGGUCAGGAUACAGGUGGCCUUAUGAGCAGUGCUACAGGUCAGGAUGCAGGUGGCCUUAUGAGCAGUUCUACAGGUCAGGAUACAGGUGGCCUUAUGAGCAGUGCUACAGGUCAGGAUGCAGGUGGCCUUAUGAGCAGUUCUACACGUCAGGAUGCUGGUGGCCUUAUGAGCAGUUCUACAGGUCAGGAUGCAGGUGGCCUUAUGAGCAGUGCUACAGGUCAGGACGCAGGUGGCCUUAUGAGUAGUUCUACAGGUCAGGAUGCAGGUGGCCUUAUGAGCAGUGCUACAGGUCAGGACGCAGGUGGCCUUAUGAGCAGUGCUACAGGUCAGGACGCAGGUGGCCUUAUGAGCAGUUCUACAGGUCAGGAUGCUGGUGGCCUUAUGAGCAGUGCUACAGGUCAGGAUGCAGGUGGCCUUAUGAGCAGUUCUACAGGUCAGGAUGCAGGUGGCCUUAUGAGCAGUGCUACAGGUCAGGACGCAGGUGGCCUUAUGAGCAGUGCUACAGGUCAGGACGCAGGUGGCCUUAUGAGCAGUUCUACAGGUCAGGAUGCUGGUGGCCUUAUGAGCAGUGCUACAGGUCAGGAUGCAGGUGGCCUUAUGAGCAGUGCUACAGGUCAGGAUGCAGGUGGCCUUAUGAGCAGUUCUACACGUCAGGAUGCUGGUGGCCUUAUGAGCAGUGCUACAGGUCAGGAUGCAGGUGGCCUUAUGAGCAGUGCUACAGGUCAGGAUGCAGGUGGCCUUAUGAGCAGUGCUACAGGUCAGGAUGCAGGUGGCCUUAUGAGCAGUGCUACAGGUCAGGAUGCAGGUGGCCUUAUGAGCAGUUCUACAGGUCAGGAUGCAGGUGGCCUUAUGAGCAGUGCUACAGGUCAGGAUGCAGGUGGCCUUAUGAGCAGUGCUACAGGUCAGGAUGCAGGUGGCCUUAUGAGCAGUUCUACAGGUCAGGAUGCAGGUGGCCUUAUGAGCAGUGCUACAGGUCAGGAUGCAGGUGGCCUUAUGAGCAGUGCUACAGGUCAGGAUGCAGGUGGCCUUAUGAGCAGUUCUACACGUCAGGAUGCAGGUGGCCUUAUGAGCAGUUCUACAGGUCAGGAUGCAGGUGGCCUUAUGAGCAGUGCUACAGGUCAGGAUGCAGGUGGCCUUAUGAGCAGUUCUACAGGUCAGGAUACAGGUGGCCUUAUGAGCAGUGCUACAGGUCAGGAUGCAGGUGGCCUUAUGAGCAAUGCUACAGGCCAGGAUGCAGGUGGCCUUAUGAGCAGUGCUACAGGUCAGGAUGCAGGUGGCCUUAUGAGCAGUUCUACAGGUCAGGAUGCAGGUGGCCUUAUGAGCAGUUCUACAGGUCAGGAUACAGGUGGCCUUAUGAGCAGUGCUACAGGUCAGGAUGCAGGUGGCCUUAUGAGCAGUUCUACAGGUCAGGAUACAGGUGGCCUUAUGAGCAGUGCUACAGGUCAGGAUGCAGGUGGCCUUAUGAGCAGUUCUACAGGUCAGGAUGCUGGUGGCCUUAUGAGCAGUGCUACAGGUCAGGAUGCAGGUGGCCUUAUGAGCAGUGCUACAGGUCAGGAUGCAGGUGGCCUUAUGAGCAGUGCUACAGGUCAGGAUGCAGGUGGCCUUAUGAGCAGUGCUACAGGUCAGGAUGCUGGUGGCCUUAUGAGCAGUGCUACAGGUCAGGAUACAGGUGGCCUUAUGAGCAGUUCUACAGGUCAGGAUGCUGGUGGCCUUAUGAGCAGUGCUACAGGUCAGGACGCAGGUGGCCUUAUGAGCAGUUCUACAGGUCAGGAUGCUGGUGGCCUUAUGAGCAGUGCUACAGGUCAGGACGCAGGUGGCCUUAUGAGCAGUGCUACAGGUCAGGAUGCUGGUGGCCUUAUGAGCAGUGCUACAGGUCAGGAUACAGGUGGCCUUAUGAGCAGUUCUACAGGUCAGGAUGCUGGUGGCCUUAUGAGCAGUGCUACAGGUCAGGACGCAGGUGGCCUUAUGAGCAGUUCUACAGGUCAGGAUGCUGGUGGCCUUAUGAGCAGUGCUACAGGUCAGGACGCAGGUGGCCUUAUGAGCAGUGCUACAGGUCAGGACGCAGGUGGCCUUAUGAGCAGUGCUACAGGUCAGGACGCAGGUGGCCUUAUGAGCAGUGCUACAGGUCAGGAUGCUGGUGGCCUUAUGAGCAGUUCUACAGGUCAGGAUGCUGGUGGCCUUAUGAGCAGUGCUACAGGUCAGGAUGCAGGUGGCCUUAUGAGCAGUUCUACAGGUCAGGAUGCAGGUGGCCUUAUGAGCAGUGCUACAGGUCAGGAUGCAGGUGGCCUUAUGAGCAGUUCUACACGUCAGGAUGCAGGUGGCCUUAUGAGCAGUUCUACAGGUCAGGAUGCAGAUGACUUAAGGCUGAAAAGAUAUCUAUCUGUGGAGGUACGCUGA